CCUAUUGCUACCAGCCUGACGAUAAUCUUUCAUUCUACUUGACUCCGUCUACCAAGCGUCUCUUACAAUGGCUGGCAUAACAAUGCAUACAUUGCCUAGAAACGAGCCCGAAUGGUGGAUCGCUGCCAGAAAGUAUAAGUCGGCGAAUCCUCUUGAGACUUCUAUUCACGACGCCGAAUACGUCAAGGCUUCUGGCUCUAAGCUAAUAAAUCCAGAAUGUGUGGACAUCCAUGUUCUAUGGCCGCAUGAGAAGCGACCCAAGUUUGGAACUGAUCGCCAUGUGGAUAAGAUCGUCCCCCAAAAUUGUUUCUCUCAGUCCCGAACUCAUCUCGAGGGGGACGAACGCUUCGCCGCAUACAUAGAAUGUAUACGAAAUUUUCCAAAGAGCGUAUCGUCCUCCGAUUCUAAGAAGUUGGGAAUUUUCGCCCACGUUCUAGAAUCACAGAUUUAUACACGAGGUCUCCAAGGCGAAGAUGAAAACGACAAGUUAGACCUCAGUCCAAUCGCCAACAGGACAAGGGCCCGUCUGGCUCAGGCUAGUCAACUUCGUCCCCAGACCCCAUCCACCCCAACUCCUUUGCGUCGACAGCAAGAACUUGUUCAGCCUCUGCAUCAUAUGGAUAUAGAUGUAGAAAUGAACGACGAUAUACUGUCUUCACCCAUGUCUAUCACCUAUGGAGGCUCACCUGUGACUGGUGAGGAGGCAAAGCAAGCCAGCGUGAUAAAAAAUGAGCAGGAAGUGGUCAUUUGUCUCAGCAUCUUGAUAAGAGCGCUUCGCCUUGUAACUGAUUCUGUUCAAACCGCAAGAUAUGCAGCCGAGCAAGCAAUCUUCACAGUGGUAGAUAAAGAAAACGAGAAGGUCUACAGUGCUAAAGUGGAUGGUGUUGUCCGCAUUUAUCCCAGAGGAAAGAUAUGGGUCAUUAGCGAGACGAAGAAAGGGCCCCGCUAUCGUGGUAAUCUCUCCGGUGCUGAGAUCAAAGCACAAGAAUCAUCUGAGAUGGCGGCAUGGAUCGCCGAAGUGCCGCCUUCCAACCUUGAAGAGAUGCGCGAAAAGAAUUUGCUUGAUCGUCGUCUUAUGAUUAAUCAGAAUAAGGACGAAGUCUAUAUCAUUGUUGGGACGUACAGCGCGCACUACGUCGACUACAUUUGCCACCGAGAGACGGAUAGACUGGACUUUUUGGUGAUGCAGGAAAUUGGCCCGUUCAGGUGUGAGGAAUGGCGAGCGAUGAAAUUACUGGCAGAAAUUAUUUUGGCCAUUCUCAUUUGGGCAUGUGAGUGUGAAGCUGGCGUAAGAGAGGUGUAGUCUACAGCCACCCAUGAAAUAGAGGGGUUUGACCUCUACUACUAGGUGUUGGGCUCGAUUUCUUAUGACAGUGAAAGGGUGAGUGGUAUCAAGAAAGGAGGACAUUAAAAGAGACAUCUAUGUGCGGAUGCCUGCUUGCUUACGCAAUUUUUUUCUAGUCCCUCGCUCGAUAACUACUUUGCAAAUUCAUUUAUAGGCUAGUGACAUAGGUUGUGAAGAGAUUCGGAUAGUCAUUCAUUUGGUUGUAUAGGUACUUAUCCACAAAGAUCAAUAUAAAUAUUUUGGUUG